UCCUGUUUCAGGCAGUCGCGAAACAAACAGAUCGGGAGGGGGAUUCCGGACCACUGUUUCCUCUUCUUGUUUUGCUUUCGAUCUGGUCAGUUGAGGGGUCUAAGUUAAGUUUUCGUUUUUGUUACGCACGACCACAGAUUUGACCAACGACAAACUUUUCAGCAAUUGCAAGUGUAUCGUUGCAUUUGGAUCGCGAAUAGGAUCUUUUUAUCACAGGCCACCAUGCCAGUGGAGCGGAUGCGGAUGAGGCCGUGGCUGGAGGAGCAGAUCGACCGCGGCGAGAUCCCCGGGCUGAAGUGGGUCAACAGGGAAAAGAGGAUCUUUCAGAUCCCCUGGAUGCACGCGGCUCGGCACGGCUGGGACGUGGAGAAAGACGCACCCUUGUUCCGAAACUGGGCCAUUCACACAGGAAAAUAUCAGCCAGGAGUGGACAAGCCAGAUCCCAAGACAUGGAAAGCCAACUUCCGAUGUGCCAUGAACUCGUUGCCUGACAUCGAGGAGGUGAAAGACAAAAGCAUGAAGAAGGGAAGCAACGCCUUCCGGGUUUACAGGAUGAUGUCGCAGAGCGAGCGACCCAACAAAAAAGGAAAGAAACGAUUCGAAAAAGACGAAAGAGCCAAGGUGGAGCGCAGGGGGCCUUUGGACCACAGGGUAGCAGAAAGCCAUGGACUGACGAUGGUGAAGUUGGAGAGCAUGGCAGACAGCACAGUUCUGACAGACCUGACUGACAAAGGGGGCUCAUCGCAGGGAAACGCUACUGAGGAACCCCAGCGUGCUGCCGGGCGUGGCUCUCUGGAAGAGCAGCUGAUCAUCAGCGACCACCUGCCGGACGUUUGCCAGACCAUCGAGGUGACCACGGAGGACGAGGAGCAUUCAGUCAGCUCCAGUCACCACUACCCGCUGCAGAUCUCUCCUGUUUCCUCUUACGGAGAGAGCGACACGGACAGCAUCCACAGCGAUGAGGACACCAAAGGGAGGCACUGUGUGUCUGACUUCCGGUCGGAGAGCAGGCCCCAGUACAGUCGGUCGGUGCUGAAGAUGCCCGCCUGCCCCCUUCCCGGCAUGGCCACCUUCGUCACCUCGGGGAAGAAGAACUUCAAGGUGACCAGCAGCCGGGAGGUCUCCCCCCUCAUCGCCUACGACAGCACUCCCUGGGGGCCCCUCUUCUCCUCCGUCUCGCCCCCGCCCAUCCCCACCACCUCCGCCCGCGCCCCUGCCCCCGCCCACGAGAACCGCGCCAGUGUCAUCAUGAAGACCUCGGACGUCUCCAGCUCCACCGUCAAGACCUGCUGACGCCGCCACCUGUAGGAGGGUAGGAACCAUGAGCCUUUUAUUUUUUAAACAGGGGGGGGUGGACUUGUGGGGGGAAGACUGUGGGACAGAGGGACCCUUUCAAAAGAACGACCGCCCCACCUCUGCCCCUGUAAAACCAGGUGCUUCGGUCAUGCAGGAAGUGGGAAUGUUCUCAGAUCGACCCUGAGCUGAACCGGGCAACGAUUUAAAAAAAAAAUCUCCCACUCCCAAGAGAAACUGUGAAUUUGUGCCGAAAGAAUUCUCUGUGAUUCCCCCCCGUCCUCGCCGGCUGUUUGUGAAUAUGUACAUAAGUGAAAUGACCUGUGUAAUUGCAAGUGGCUUCUGCACCUUAAUCUAAACCACAUGCACUGGUGUGCAGCGUCCGUGGCAAUUGGUCCUUAUUGUGCGAUUAUAUAAUCUUCGAGGAUUGUGAUUGGUGGUUCAUAUUCAGUGUGAGGAAAUGUGGAUUUGAGUUCAGGCCAGUAGCACCUGCCCUGUGCAAUUAUAGCAAAUUUCCACGAAUUGCCUUAGAAUGUAUGUUUUUGUCUUUUAACUGUUUUGCGUCUUCUCAAAAACCUUAACAUGAAAUCCAGACAGCUCUUCCCGUCCAAAAUCUUAUAAAAUGUCACAUAUCACAUGACCAGAAAUAUUCUCCCAAAAAAAAUCGCAUUACUGUUGAAUUGUAAGACAUGCACAAACCCCGGCUUUAAAUCAGUCUAAUUUAGGUCUGUCACAAGAAAUAAAUAUCAGCCACAUACAUCACAAAUUUAAAACUUCUGAAACGCGGUUUUGGUCCUCUGGGGGUAAGGAUAACGACAAUAACGUUUUUACAGAAAAAGUUGAGAAUGGUUGACACAUUUUACAUUAUGUUUAAGACAUUUUAAUGGCUCACUACAGAGUGUGCCGCUAUGUAAUUGAAGUUUGCAAGUCAGCGGGAAAAAAAGCACUUUUCUAGUACAUGGGUAGCUAUGUAAGAUCGUAGGUAAUUACGUGGUAAUUUUAAAUCUUGGUGGUACUUGCCGAUUGUGUACACAGGCAGCUGUGUAUUUACUGUUAUGUCCAAUAGCCUUUGUCGCAUGUGUAAUGCACUAAUUCUCAGCUGUGUUUUGACAUGCAAUUCUCAAGAGAAUAUGUGAUGGGAAUAUUGAGCUGUAAAAAUAUGACUUGCCAAAAAAGCUCGUUUGCUAUUGCAUUUGAGAAUAAUUUCAGUAAAACUGCAUAUUGAUCGCGGUCGUUGUAAGAAUGUGCUAGCAAUAUAGCUCAUUAUCAGUUACCUGCCCACUUUCACCUUCUCUGGUAAUGGGUGGAACUGGAACCAGUGCCUUUUAAUGAAAACAUAGGAAAGUGUGACGGAAUCUGAGGGAUGCAAAAUGGUGGAACUGAUUGGAAAUGUAUAGUGAAAUUUAAGCCAUCUUAGCUGUACGGAGAACCUGAUCAGUGUGUGUUAUCUGUCCCAAACUCUGUGACUGUAGAUCUUUUUAAUGAUGCUCUGAAGUGUGGAGGUACCGCUGUAUACAAAGAUGAAGAGAUUUUUAGCAGGCUCACCAAAAAAAAGAGAGAAAUAUUUGCUUGAAACCUUUUCCUUAAGCACGCUUUUGUAUUUUUUAUAAAGGGAAUAUUUUAUCAAAGGUGAAUUCUGAGUAGUUUUAUCUUUUUUUACCGAAAUUAAAGAGAUUUUAUUUAGAUUUUUUUUUAAAGAGUGAUGUUUCGCUGCAUUUGUGUUGGCACAUUUCUUUCUUGAUUUUUCUAAUGAUGUACAGAUUUGUCUGAUAGUAUACAGUACUAUAUUAUGGCCAUGCUUCUGUGUGUUUUAUGCGUGUUUCUGUAUGGAUAUGUAUUUAUGUUGUGCGCACACAUAUAUGUAAUACAUGUGUGUGAGUGCAUGUGUUUCCAUACAUGUACGCGACUAUUAAUCCUGUGGAUCAUUGAAUAUGCAAAUCAUGAAGAUUUUUUGUUUUGUUUUUUUCCCCUCUGGUUUGACUUUAUUGUCCUUAAUAAAACUCCUGUUUUGAA